UGGCAGAGCAAUUCUGCAUUAUGGUAAGCCUUUGAUUAGCCAGUAUUGAAAACUGAAAGAUACUAACAUGACUUCUUACAGCACGCGCAUUGUACAUGUAUCAAGCAGCCAUUCCCGAGGAGUUGAGCUUUGGCAAGGGUGAUUAUCUUGCGGUCCUCCGUCACCAAGAUGAUGGAUGGUGGGAGGCUGAAGUCCACGGCGGAGACGGAAGUGUCGGGCUGGUCCCAAGCAAUUACCUUGCGGCGUGUUAGACUCCUAUGAUAUGAGCGACUUGAUGGAUGAUUAUUGAGAUCUUUCUUGCGGAAUGAUUUGAAUUGUAGGUUAGGUUUUCGGCAGGAAAAGGGCUCUGGCGAAAUUGGUUCACGACUUGAUUUAUACCUUUCGUUAUGCUGUUAUCUUGUACAGCAGAUUGGCAUGGAAACGCUGGUCUUGUUGUUGCUUCAGGCUAUUUUUGGUUUUUUAUUUGUGUCACGAUUAUUGGGAAAGAUUGAAACGGCUAUUCUUCUAUAUCACUCACGGAAGUGAGAACCACUGCCAGUAUAUGCUAUUAAAAUAUUACUUAGAUACUCUUGGGAUUAAUGUGUCGAAAUUAUCCUUCAUGAUCCAAUUGCUUGAGC